AUGAUGAAAACAGCCCUGUUCUCAAUUCUGGCCGCUGGAGCGGCCGUCGCCGCUGUUCCUGCCACCCCGCAGAGUCCCCUGGGAGGCGUGUCUCCAAGCCCCGGCAGCUACAGAGGAGGCUUGAACAAGGUCAUCAGCGAAUCAGCCCUCCUCUCCUUCCACCGAGACAUCGUGGAGAUCGCGUCCGUGACUGGCGAUGAACAUGAUGUCGGCGAGUUCAUCGUCCGCUUCCUCCAGGAGAAGAACUUCACCGUGACCAAGCAGACCGUCACGCCCGAGACCGCCAGCCAGAAAGAACGCUUCAAUAUCUACGCCUACCCAGAAGACCAGCCCCACCCGGAGAUCCUCCUCACGAGUCACAUUGAUACUGUGCCUCCGUUCAUCCCGUACUCACUUGAGGGUGCUGAUGACGACGGCGAUGACUCUUUCAAUCGUGAGUCCAUCGCCAUCUCCGGGCGUGGCUCCGUCGACGCCAAAGGCAGUGUUGCCGCCCAGAUCUUCGCCGCCCUGGACACCCUGGCCGAGCCUUCUUCUGCCCCAGCGCUCGGCCUGCUCUUCGUCGUUGGCGAGGAGACCGGCGGUGACGGCAUGAAGCGUUUCUCCGACUCGCCCCUCAACACCUCUCCACCAAGCUACCACACCGUCAUCUUCGGCGAGCCGACCGAACUCGCCCUCGUCUCCGGCCACAAGGGCAUGCUGGGUUUCGACAUCCUGGCCCACGGCCGCGCCGCUCAUUCAGGUUACCCCUGGCUAGGCCGGAGCGCCGUCUCUGCCAUCCUGCCCGUCCUGUCGCGCGUCGAUCAGCUAGGCGACAUCCCCGCAGAAGAAGGCGGCUUACCCGCCAGCCCGAAAUACGGCAAGACAACCGUCAACCUGGGCACUGUCAACGCUGGCGUUGCCGCCAACGUCGUCCCCGCUACAGCGCAGGCGAACGUCGCAGUGCGUUUGGCGGCGGGCACCCCGGAAGAAGCGCGCGAGAUUGUCCGCCAAGCGGUGCGCGAUGCCCUGACUCACGACGACGACAACGUCUCCGUCGACUUUUCCCACCAUUCUGAAGCAUACCCGCCGCAGGACCUCGACACGGACGUCGACGGCUUCCAGGUCAUCACAGUCAACUACGGCACCGAUGUUCCCAAUUUGGUCAUCCAUGACUCCCCUGCGGCGAGGGUGAAACGCUACCUAUACGGGCCCGGGAGCAUUCAUGUCGCCCACGGCGAUCACGAGGCUCUGACGGUUGGUGCGCUCGAGGAGGCGGUCCGCGGGUACAAGAGGCUGAUCCAGGCUGCGAACAAAAACUAG